AUGGCGUUCCCAAAGAGCCCUGCUACCACCGUGAGCAGCUAUGCUUCUACUCCGCUGAGUAGCUGCCCCAGCUCCUCCAUCUCCACAGGCUGCAGCACCCCUGCCACCCCAAACCCCUUUGCAGUCGCCGCAAUAAGCCCCGCCGAGAUCCGGUACAUAGUUCCAGCCGGACGUGCCAGUAACCACAAGCCGGUGCUAGCAGCCACAGGCACUCCUGAAUUCACACAGGGCAAGAAGCUUCAGCAGCAUCAGGAUCAGGAUCACAAGCCGGCGCUAGCAGCCACAGGAACUCCUGAAUUCGCACAGGGACAGAAGCUUCAGCAGCAUCAGGAUCUUCCGGAAUCAGCAGCGAAGUUCCCUAAGCAAGAAAACCCAGCACCAGCAACCACAGGAAGUAUGGAAUUCAUACAGGGAAAGAAGCCUCAGCAGCAUCAGGAUCUUCUUGAAUCAGCAGCGAACUUCCCUAACCAAGAAAUCAAUGGCUGGGAGCAUCCAGACCUCUGUUCACCAUCAAAGCUGCUCAAGAACGCAAGUACUUCUAUCAAGGAGAUCAGUCGCUGGGCAAGAUCUUCAACGGGGUCAAAGGUGAACUCAAAUAUCCGGCUCUUGCAGUUUCUAUUUUCUUUGAUACAAGUGAUAACUUCGACAACACCACACCCAGAUCACGUCGUCGCCAUGAUACGAGUCCACGAAGCGCUUGCUAACCUGUUGCUGGUCCUGCCCAAGAAUAUAUUCCCUUUCCUGUUGCAACACUUCGCUCAGUUUGUAGAUGAACUAUGCCCGAAAAGAGGUGCAUCGCUAUCAGAAAGGUUUGGAAACACACUGCAUGAUUUGCGAAGAAGCAUAAAAAGUGGACUUCAGGUACUCAAAGACAUGAUCUUGGACUAUACAUCUGACAUAGUCCCCCAAGGUGGUGGUGUCCAUGAGAUCACCAAAUACUUGUUAAAAUACAUCAUGUCACUUCUGGACAAUGGCACCUCUCUCAAGAUCAUACUUGUCGGUGAUGAACAGGAUGGCAAGGUUGCAAUGGAGACGCUGCAAGAUAUUGUUGCUACCUUGAUCUCUCACUUGGAAAUUAUGCUUGAGAAAGAAUCUCAUCGAUAUAAAGAUGCAGGGUUGAAACAAAUGUUCAUGGUGAAUAAUGUGAAGUUUUUGUUAUAUCAAGUAGAAGGCUCAGAGAUAGGGUAUCUUCUAGGAGAUGAUUGGGUUCUGAAGCACCGAGACCAACUAAAGGAACACGUCUCAUCGUUUAUCAACAUUUCUUGGGAAUCUGUCAUGCGUUGCUUCCAUGUAAAGACCAGCAAAAUCCCAAUCUUUUCUAGCCUACCAACACUGCGAAUAUUUAACCUGGAAUUUGAGAAAACCUACUGGACUCAGAAGACAUGGAAAGUUGAAAAUCCUCUGCUCCGGUCCAAUAUGCGUACAUCAGUAUCAGAGAAGCUUGUUCAGGCUUACAGUACAUACCUUGAGAAUCACAAAAACAAAGCUCCAAAGCUUAUGAAGUACACCCCUGAAGAUCUUGAAGAGCUGCUGUCAGAUCUGUUUGAAGGAUAA